CUCGCUCCUUAAUGCCGCACCAGUAAUCCCGAAACAUCCCUCCCAUUCCUUAACGCCUGCCCUCCUCUCCACCGCGGCGUCACUUUCCCCUUUCCUUCUCUCCUCAAAUCUCACCGCUCUGCCGCUACGCUCCUCCGCGAAUCAGUCCCCCAGAUCGGCGCCGAGGUGGUCGCCGUUUCAUGGGCGAUCUGUGAGCCGCUGCAACAAGGAGGGAAGUAGCUAGCUACUACAACUGACGCCAUGGGGAGAAGCCCCAGAUGUGUGCUCCUGCUCCUGCUGGCCGCCUGCGCGGCGGCGCUUGUGCCCGCGGCGGGGGCGCAGGGAGGGGGUAACUCGACCGCGCCGGCGCCCGCUGCGGCGGGGAGCGCGCCCUUCGUGCCGCGGGACGACAUCCUGCUCGACUGCGGCGCCACGGGGAAUGGGAACGACACGGACGGCCGGGAGUGGGGCGGCGACGCUGGGUCCAAGUACGCACCGGCGAACCUCGGCUCGGCCAUCGCGGGGGCGCAGGACCCCUCGGUGCCGCAGGUGCCGUACCUCACCGCGCGCGUGUCGGCGGCGCCCUUCACCUACUCCUUCCCGCUCGGCCCCGGGCGCAAGUUCCUCCGGCUGCACUUCUACCCGGCCAACUACUCCAACCGCAACGCCGCCGACGCCUUCUUCUCCGUCACCGUCCCGGCCGCCAAGGUCACGCUCCUCUCCAACUUCAGCGCCUACCAGACCAGCACGGCACUCAACUUCGCCUACCUCAUACGGGAGUUCUCCGUCAACGUCACCGGCCAAACCCUCGACCUCACCUUCACCCCGGAGAAGGGCCACCCCAACGCCUACGCCUUCAUCAAUGGCAUCGAGGUUGUCUCAUCCCCUGAUCUCUUCGACCUCUCCACUCCAGAAUUGGUCAUGGGUGAUGGCAACAACCAGCCAUACACCAUGGAAGCUGGCACUGCUCUGCAGACCAUGUAUCGGCUCAAUGUCGGAGGCCAGGCGAUCUCCCCCUCCAAGGAUACGGGCGGGUACAGGUCGUGGGACGACGACACGCCUUACAUUUGGGGUGCUGGUGCAGGGGUGUCGUACCAGAACGAUGCCAAUGUCACAAUCACCUACCCGGACAAUGUGCCGGGUUAUGUCGCACCGACAGAUGUCUAUGCCACUGCUCGGUCAAUGGGGCCGGACAAGGACGUAAACUUGGCGUACAAUCUCACCUGGAUAAUGCAGGUGGAUGCUGGCUUCUUUUACCUUGUGAGGCUCCAUUUCUGUGAGAUACAGUCCCCAAUUACUAAACCCAAUCAGCGGGUGUUUGACAUUUACAUCAACAAUCAGACUGCCAUGGCUGGCGCUGAUGUGAUCUUAUGGGCGUCUCCAAAUGGUAUUGGCAGUCCGGUGUAUAAGGACUAUGUGGUGAACACAAUGGGUUCCGGGACUAUGGAUUUCUGGGUGGCUCUCCAUCCUGAUGUAACGCAGAAGCCGCAGUACUUUGACGCUAUUCUCAAUGGAAUGGAGGUGUUCAAGUUGCAACAGAGUAAUGGGAGUCUUGUGGGGCUCAACCCUGUCCCAAGUGCCGAGCCAUUGGUGGAUGGCGGCUCAGGGAAGAAGAAAUCAACAGUUGGGCCUAUUGUUGGUGGAGUAGUUGGAGGUUUGGCAGUUCUUGCACUUGGAUACUGCUUCAUUGUCAUAUGCAAGCGUCGGAGGAGAGCAGGGAAGGAUGCUGGCAUGAGUGAUGGGCACUCUGGCUGGCUUCCGCUGUCGCUCUAUGGCAAUUCACACACUUCAGGCUCAGCCAAGUCGCACACCACGGGGAGCUAUGCUUCAUCUUUGCCAUCCAACCUGUGCCGCCAUUUCUCUUUUGCAGAGAUCAAGGCUGCAACAAAGAACUUUGAUGAGUCACUGAUUCUUGGUGUGGGUGGAUUUGGUAAAGUUUACCGUGGAGAGGUUGAUGGAGGCACAACAAAGGUGGCUAUCAAGCGGGGUAAUCCUUUGUCUGAGCAGGGUAUACAUGAGUUCCAGACUGAAAUUGAGAUGUUGUCGAAGCUCCGCCACCGUCAUCUUGUUUCGCUGAUUGGUUACUGUGAGGAGAAGAAUGAGAUGAUCCUGGUAUAUGACUACAUGGCUCAUGGAACUCUGCGCGAGCACCUGUACAAGACCCAGAAUGCACCACUUAGUUGGAGGCAGCGCUUGGAGAUCUGCAUUGGUGCAGCUCGUGGGCUUCACUACCUUCACACAGGUGCAAAGCAUACCAUCAUCCACCGUGAUGUGAAGACGACAAACAUCCUCCUAGAUGAGAAAUGGGUCGCCAAGGUUUCAGAUUUCGGUCUGUCCAAGACUGGGCCAUCGAUGGAUCACACACAUGUGAGCACAGUUGUCAAGGGCAGUUUUGGUUACUUAGACCCGGAAUACUUCCGCAGGCAGCAGCUCACUGAGAAAUCUGAUGUCUAUUCUUUUGGUGUUGUGUUGUUUGAGGUCCUUUGUGCUCGGCCUGCCUUGAACCCCACACUUGCAAAGGAAGAAGUGAGCUUGGCGGAGUGGGCAUUGCACUGCCAAAAGAAGGGCAUUCUCGAUCAGAUUGUCGAUCCCUACCUAAAAGGAAAGAUAGUUCCACAGUGCUUUAAGAAGUUUGCUGAGACAGCUGAGAAGUGUGUUGCUGAUAAUGGCAUUGAGCGCCCUUCGAUGGGAGAUGUGCUUUGGAACUUGGAGUUUGCCCUACAGAUGCAGGAAAGCGCAGAGGAGAGCGGAAGCAUUGGUUGUGGGAUGUCAGACGAGGGCACUCCCCUCGUGAUGGUUGGAAAGAAGGAUCCCAAUGACCCGUCAAUUGAUUCAAGCACCACUACAACCACAACUACUUCCAUAAGCAUGGGCGACCAAAGUGUUGCGAGCAUCGACUCUGAUGGGCUGACGCCUAGCGCGGUCUUCUCGCAGAUCAUGAACCCCAAAGGGCGGUGAGAGCAAGAUACUCUGCGUUUUGACAAAACCCAUUUGUACAAAAGCUGUGGACACUUGGCAUUGUAGAGGCGUGUCAUGGAUAUCAUUGAAGAAAGCUGUUUUCGUAUUGUGUUCAACAUGCUGUCUUGAUGUUGAUUGUUGCAGCAGUUGUGCUCAUGCAUAUACCCGGGGCUAGGCUGUGUUCCAUGUAUUUGUUUUAAUUGUAAACUCAAAAUAGUUGAUGUGGUUGAGCUGUGCUUCCAUCAGUUCUAUGUAAUGCCAUUAUCUGGACACCAGUUGUCGGUUUACUUACAGUUGUAUAGUGUAUGCUUGUUAAGUUUCUGGAUCCA